GCACGCAGCCAGAGUGACCCGUAAGGCUUCCGGGUUUGGCGGGGCCUUUGUCUCUCGCUGCAGCCGGAACUUCAGGUGUCUUCUUCACUGCUGUGUGUCCUCUACUCCUAGAGGCCCAGCCUCUGUGGCCCUGUGUCCUGCAGGUAUUGGGAGAUUCACAGCUAAGACGCCGGGACCCCCUGGAAACUUAGAAAUGGGGCCAUUGCAAUUUAGAGACGUGGCCAUAGAAUUCUCUCUGGAGGAGUGGCGUUGCCUGGACACUGCACAGCGGAAUUUAUAUAGGAAUGUGAUGUUAGAGAACUACAGAAACCUGGUCUUCCUUGGUAUUGUGGUCUCUAAGCCAGACCUCAUCGCCUGUCUGGAGCAAGGAGAAAAACCUUUGACUAUGAAGAAACAUGACAUGGUAACCAACCCCUCAGUUUUGUGUUCUCAUUUUACCCAAGACCUUUGGCCAGAGCAGAACAUAAAAGAUUAUUUCCAUAAAGGGAUACUGAGAAGAUAUGAAAAAUGUGGACAUGACAAUUUACAGUUUAAAAAAGGCUGUGAAAGUGUGGAUGAGUGUAAGGUGCACAAAAGAGGUUAUAAUGGACUUAACCAAUAUUUGACAACUACCCAAAGGAAAAUAUUUCAGUGUGAUAAAUAUGUGAAAGUCGUUCGUAAAUUUUCAGAUUCAAACAGACAUAAGAUAAGACAUACUGGAAAAAAACCUUUCAAAUGUAUAGAAUGUGGCAAAACUUUUAACAAGUCUUCAACCCUUACUACACAUAAGAAAAUUCAUACUGGAGAGAAACCCUACAAAUGUGAAGAAUGUGGCAAAGCCUUCAACUGGUCCUCACACCUUACUACACACAAGAUAAUUCAUAGUGGAGAGAGACGGUACAAAUGUGAAGACUGUGGCAAAGCCUUUAGCCGGUUUUCAUACCUUACUGCACAUAAGAUAAUUCAUAGUGGAGAGAAACCCUACAAAUGUGAAGAAUGUGGAAAGGCCUUUAAGCGCUCCUCUAACCUUACUACACAUAAGAUAAUUCAUACUGGAGAGAAACCCUACAAAUGUGAAGAAUGUGGCAAAGCCUUUAAGCGCUCCUCUAUCCUUACUACACAUAAGAUAAUUCACAGUGGAGAGAAACCCUACAAAUGUGAAGAAUGUGGCAAGGCCUUUAAGCACUCCUCUGUCCUUACUACACAUAAAAGAAUUCACAGUGGAGAGAAACCCUACAAAUGUGAAGAAUGUGGCAAAGCCUUUAAGUACUUCUCAUCCCUUACUACACAUAAGAUAAUUCAUACUGGAGAGAAACCCUACAAAUGUGAAGAAUGUGGCAAAGCCUUCAACUGGUCCUCACACCUUACUACACAUAAGAGAAUUCAUACUGGAGAAAAACCCUACAAAUGUGAAGAAUGUGGCAAAGCCUUUAAGUACUCCUCUUGCCUUACUACACAUAAGAUAAUUCAUACUGGAGAGCAACCCUUCAAAUGUGAAGAAUGUGGCAAGGCCUUUAAGUGCUUCUCUAUCCUUACUACACAUAGGAGAAUUCAUACUGGAGAGAAACCCUAUAAAUGUGAAGAAUGUGGCAAAGCCUUCAACUCGUCCUCACACCUUACUGCACAUAAGAGAAUUCAUACUGGAGAGAAACCCUACAAAUGUGAACGAUGUGUUUGUUCUUUAUUACGGAGAAGUGGCUCUCCUGCCAGAAAACUGCUGCUCUCAUCUGCACCCACACUGACUAGUAGUGAGAGGAAAUGAAGUGGAUAAAAAGCAAAUGUGUCUUCUCUAUAUCUUUUUUCAUCCAUUGGCUGAAGAACAGGAAAUGUGGAAAAUAAAAGAAAAUAUAACCCCUGAAAAGUCAUGAAGAAGGUCUCUUAACCAGACAAAAAACUUGAUAGGGGAUUUGUUUGUUUGUUUUAUUAUUGUACCGUCUGCUUCUAUGAGUUUAGUUUUUCUUUCCACUUUACAUAGAAAUAGGAUUAUGUAGGCCGGGCACAGGGGCUCAAAUUUGUAAUCUCAACACUUUGAAGGGCCAAGGUGGAUGGAUCACUUGAGGUCAGGAGUUUGAGACCAGUCUGGCCAACAUGGGGAAACCCCAUCUCUACUAAAAAUAAAAA